GUCUGAAAUCACGGGCCCUGCUUCCUACUCUGAGUAGGCACUGACUCCAGCUCAACCUGCGGUGACAGCACUGUCCCCCUAUUUUCUAGUGUUGUUCAUCCAUUGCUUUUAGAAUAAGUGGCCAGGAAACUUGGACGGCUUUCUGUGAGCUUCAGACCUACCCAGAACGGAAAGAUGGUUUCACAGAAGGAUGGGUAGAGGGAUGACUGGAUCAGUGGGUGGGUGCCUGGGUGGACGGAUGAUGGAUGGAUGGAUGGAUGGGAGCCUAGGAGGUCGACUGAAGAUGGAGGAGGGACCCCUUUCCCCCUUCCCACCCCCUGUCUGCUACCCCGCAGUGCAGCCUCCCCCAGAGCCCUGAAGGAGGGACCGGUGGCGAGGCGGUGGGAGAGGGGAGCUGGGGAAGAAGAGUGGAGAGGAGGAGGGCCUUGGAGGCGAAGAGGAGGGGCGGCGGCUCCCGGGGAGCCUGGGGCUGGCGCGGCUCGGUGGUUGGGGGACCAAUGUCGCUGCUGCCGCCUCCUCUUCGCGGGCCGGAGCUGCGUCUCCCGGGCUGAGCCUCAGCCGCAGCCGCAGCCGCAGCCGCAGCCGCAGCCUCAACCCGAGCGGCCGCCGGGCUCGCCCGCCACACGGGAGGAUGGGCUGCGGCGGGAGCCGGGCCGACGCCAUCGAGCCGCGCUACUACGAGAGCUGGACCCGGGAGACCGAGUCCACCUGGCUCACCUACACCGACUCGGACGCGCUGCCCAGCGCCGCCGCCGCGGACAGCGGCCCCGAGGCCGGCGGCCUGCACGCGGGUGUGCUGGAAGAUGGACUGUCCUCUAAUGGUGGGCUCCGGUCUGCAGCCCCAGGUGGAAUAGUCAACCCAGAGAAGAAGAUGAACUGUGGGACACAGUGUUCCAACUCGCAGAGCCUCAGCUCGGGCCCUCUGACCCAGAAACAGAACGGCCUUUGGACUACAGAGGCUAAAAGGGACGCUAAACGAAUGUCUGCCAGAGAAGUCUCUAUUAAUGUUACAGAGAACAUCCGACAGAUGGACAGAAGUAAAAGAAUCGCAAAGAACUGCAUCAAUUAGCAGUGCCUGGAUGUAGAAGCAGAUGAACUUCUUUGUGGAGUCCAGUCAAAGAAUCCUGAGGAAGUGGGCGCCACUUGCUAAUCCUGGAUGCCUCUGAGCAUCUUGAGAGAUGGCUUGACCUGGCAACACACCUAAGCUGUGAGGACCUUCUUAGCUUCCUGUUUAUCACAUACAGAAAAUGUAUUGAAAAGUCCUGAAAUGUUCAUGGAUUGCCAAACUAUGGUCUGUCUGUUUUUCCCUCUGCAGCUUCUGUAGCAUGGUCUGCUGUGGCCGUGGCGAGUGGUUACAUGGGUCAGUGAACAACACAGAAAGGCAGGAGUGGUAGCUUUGCUGGAACCAGGCUCACACAUUAGUGUAAGGCUUUCACAGGAAAGCCCACUCUUCCCUCCUUUCUUUCCAAAUACAGCCAUCACAAACUUUACUGCUUUCACUGAAGAGAUGGCUCCCACCCAGCCCUAGACCCAGAAAUAUAAGAACCGGAGGAACAUAAAAACUCGGUGUGAGAUAGAUCAGUGCCAGCGUCACAGGCUAACUCCACCAGAGCCUCUGGAGUGUCCCUGAGGGGUGUCCAUGACACACACAGACAUGUUCCUCUUCUACUUGGAAAGACCUCCCAGGCUGGCCUCCAGACACUGACUCCAGAACCAGAAUGUCUCAUGUCUGUGGCCAUUGAGCCUAUCUACAACUCCCUUUGGGACCUAGCUUUGUGGUUUGAUUUUGUUUGUUUGUUUGUUUGCUUGUUUUCAUAGCUUUCCAGUUUCUUUUUAUUCUCAUGGCCUUUGAACCUCCAGUCAGGUCAUUUGCAAUUGUAAUCAACUGGACACCACUCACAGGAGGGAAGUGACCUCAGAACACAUGACCGUACAUGUGAUGGCCCUUUGGCCUUGCUGUACACAGCCCCAAGGACUAUGCUAUUUUGGUAUCUGCAGAGUAAUUAGUUUAGAAAGGCAGAACCCAGUUGCUGUGUAUUCAUGUUGACAUUAGACUGACAAGGCACUGGAUUGGAAAACAGACAGCCAACACAGUAAAAUGAUGUUCUGAUAGGAAUCUUCUUCUAGCAUUUUUAAACACAUCUUCUUGCAAAGUGUAACAUAGCAUGAAUCUGAAAGGACUGCCUGCGUGCUCAGGCUUAGGAAAAGUAGAGUCCAGGUUGUGCCAAACUACCAACAAACUCCAUAUUUAGCAGCAAUAGCAGUCUGAUGACAUAUGACUCAGUCCAAGAGAAGUGACGUAAGCAGGCUAAAAUGCAGAUGCUCGCCCCUUUCUCAGAAAUUAUUUCUCCAACACAAGUAGAACUGUGGACUGUGUAUUUGUUAGUAUUAAACAUUCACUGCCAACCUUGUGCCGGCUAUGGUAACAGCCGCGGCGGGAUGUGGAGUCUGGCCAGUCACGGCUGUACCUUCUGACUGACUACAGGGCGCCUGAUACUCAGGAGACUGACGUGGACCCUCUGGCACAGGGCCAGUUAUUGCAGUGGACUCUCUCUUUUAGGUUAAAGGUAGCGUUCUGUUAAUCACAGAUGUAUGCAUUCGCCUGAUCACUGUCCAAGCCUUUGCCACGCACACCAGUUUCCCCAAACCUCUCAUCUUGACUCCUUGUCAAAGGGCUUUUAGGGGACUUCAUGUUCUGACAACUUAACUAAUAAAACAAAAGCAAGCCCGGUGA